UGGAAUCUCAGCAGGGAGGGGGAACCACAUGGGCAGUGGUUUGACAAGAUGUAUUCAAUCAGAAGCCUGCCCACCAUGGUUCAGCGGGAGCAAAGAGAGGAAAAUGGCGUUGAAGAUAUGACACAGCUAGAUGACAUGCAUGAAGUGGCUGUUCUGCUGAACAUAAGGAAAAGGUUUGAGAGAGAGGUUAUUUAUACAUACAUAGGCAGCAUUCUGGUUUCUGUGAACCCCUAUAAGAUGCAAAACACCUAUGGGACAGACAUGGUGCUCAUGUACAAGGGCUGUGCCUUGGGAGAAAACCCUCCGCAUUUGUUUGCCAUAGCAAACGCUGCUCAUUCCCAAAUGAUGGAUGCCAAAAAAAAACAGGUCAUAAUAAUCAGUGGGGAGAGUGGGUCUGGAAAAACGGAGUCCACCAAACUCAUCCUUCGCUACCUAGCAGCUGUACUUCACAAAACUAAUCUUGCGCAACAGAUUGAGAUACUUGAGGCAGCUCCUCUUCUGGAAUCUUUUGGAAAUGCCAAAACCGUGCGGAACGAUAAUUCCAGUCGCUUUGGGAAGUACAUUGAGGUCUUUAUGGAGAAUGGUAGGAUCAGUGGUGCCAUAACCUCUCAGUAUCUGCUGGAAAAAUCCCGCAUCGUCUUUCAGGCCAAAAAUGAGAGGAACUAUCACAUCUUCUACGAGAUGCUGGCAGGUCUUCCUUCGCAGCAGAAGCAGGCCUUCUAUCUACAAGAAGCUGAAACCUACUAUUACCUCAACCAGGGAGAGGAUUGUGGGAUAAAAGGGAAGAACGAUGCAGAGGACUUCCUACGUCUGCUUUCUGCCAUGGAAAUCCUUCACUUCACUGCGGAUGACCAGUCGUCCAUCUUUAGAGUCUUGUCUUCCAUACUGCACCUGGGCAAUGUUUACUUUCAGAGGCAUGAGGCUGAUGGCCAGGAGGUGGCGUCAGUGGUUAGCACUCAGGAGAUCAGAGUAGUCGCAGAGCUGCUGCAGAUCUCACCAGAAGGACUACAGAAAGCCGUCACCUACAAAGUCACAGAAACAAUGAGGGACAAGAUCUACACCCCUCUGAGUGUAGAAAGUGCUAUUGAUGCCAGAGAUGCUGUUGCCAAGAUCCUAUAUUCGCUGCUCUUCCGCUGGUUAACAGAAAGGAUCAAUGGUCAGGUGUAUCCUCACCAACACACCCUCUCCAUCUCCAUCCUGGACAUUUACGGAUUUGAGGAGGAGUACAGCAGGGAGCAGAUCCCAUGGCAGGACAUCACAUUCAACGACAACCAGCCCUGCAUCGACCUCAUUGCCGCUAAGCCUCAUGGGAUACUGAGGAUUCUGGAUGACCAGAGCGGUUUCCCGCAGGCAACAGACAACACUUUUCUUCAAAAGUGUCACUAUCACCAUGGCAGUAAUCCACUGUACAUGAAGCCAAAGAUGCCGGUCCCAGAGUUCACAAUUAAGCAUUUUGCCGGGCGGGUCACUUACCAGGUUUACAAAUUCCUGGAUAAGAACUACGAUCAGGUGCGUCAGGAUGUCCUGGACCUGUUCAUUCAGAGCAAGAACAAGAUGGUAUCGAACCUCUUCCUGGUUCAUGCAGAGGCCACGGGUCAGCAGAGAGGUCACAUAAGGAAGAGCAGCACAGUCACCAGAAAAUACCAAGCUCCCACCGUCAGCAGCAAGUUUCAACAGUCCCUGCUGGAGCUGGUGGAGAAGAUGGAGAGGUGCAAUCCUUAUUUCGUUCGCUGCAUUAAGCCAAAUAACAUGAAGCAACCAGGUGUGUUUGAGGACGAGCUGGUGAACAGCCAGCUGCGGCACUCUGGUGUCAUGGAGACCAUUAGGAUCCGCAAAGAGGGAUAUCCAAUCAGAAUGCCAUUCUAUGUCUUCCUGUUCAGGUACAAGUCCCUGGCGGGGAUACAGACACUUCCUGUGGCAAAUGGAGAGAACUGUGUGUUGUUGCUCGGUAAACUGUGUCCUCUCCGACCAGGAGCCUACCAUGUUGGAGUCACAAAGUUGUUCCUAAAGGAGGACAUCUACCAGCUGCUGGAGUGUAAGCGAGAGCGCUCUCGUCAUCUUGCCGCCCUCACCCUGCAGCGUUACACUCGCAUGUUCUUCGUCAGGAAACGCUACGUUGAAUUCCGCAACAAAAUCAGCAGGUUUCAGGCACACUGCCUAGGCUUCCUCGUUAGGAAACGCUAUGUGAAAAUGAGGGAAAGUCUGGUCCGUUUCCGCUCUCUGGUCCACAUGUAUGUCAACCGGAAGCAGUACAUUAAGAUGAAGUUUGAAGCCAGGAGGAAAGCAGAAGAGGAGAGGAGGAGGAGAGAGAUGGAGCUGACCAAAAGGGAGGUGGUUAAUGUGACCCACUUGGUGAUCCCUGCAGAGCUGGGCGCUUUGCUGCAGACAGCAGGAGUCCGGAGGGAGUUGCACUCAGACUGCUUGGCUCUGCUUCAGGCUCCUCAUAUCCAGGAUGAUGCUGAACUCACGUUGCCUCUGGACAUCAACAACUACCCUUUCUUCCGCUAUGUUCAGAUUUACUUCAGGGAGCCAAAGUUCGGGAUGUUGAUGGCUCCUCUGGAGUCACCUCUGACCCGUGUGGAGGACGACCUGAGAGGGGAGGCUCUGGAGCUUUUCAACAUGGUAUUACGGUUUAUGGGGGACCCUCAUCUGAAUGGGGCGCAGGAAAACAUGUUUGGGAAUUACAUUGUCCAGAGAGGCUUGUCGUCUCCAGGGUUACGAGAUGAGAUCCUGGCUCAGGUUGUCAACCAGGUGUGGAGGAACCUAAACUCUGAGAAUGCAGAGAGAGGCUGGCUGCUGCUGCUGGCAUGUGUCUGCUGCUUCGCCUCAUCGGCCAAGAUGGACAAAUAUCUGCUCAAGUUCGUGUCGGACCACGCUCCUGCUGGCUGGCAGGUGCUGCUGCAGCACAGACUCAUCCAAGCGAAUCAGAAGAUGCAGCUGGGAUCAGGCUCCGCCCCCGAGACUGCGCGGACGUAUCCGCUGUCGCUGCUUGAGUGGACCGCCAAUAGGAAGAAGGCUAACAUGGUGUUGCACGUGCACUGUUUUGAUGGAGGGUCCUUCCUGUGUCCUGUCCAUUCCUGGACCAGUGGAGAGGAUUUAGCAGGAAACAUUCUGCGUCACAGGGGAGUGUCUGACUGGUGGAGGGGGAGUUCAAUUCUGAUGAAGGAGCAGGGUCAGUGGGUGGAGUUAGCUGGUCAUGACUAUGUCAUGGACCUGAUUGCAGAUAUGGAGCUUCCUAUGGACUUCCCAAAGCAGAAGAGUUACUUCAUCAUCAGCGCUGACAACCCAGCUAAAGUCAGAGCUAAUGCCAGCCUUGCUUUGUUUGGCAGUGGCUUUGACUCAGAUGAGGAGCUUCCUUCCUCCCUUCCUCUCAGCAGCAGCAGACCAGCCUACAGCCUGCCUGAUUCAGAUGGUUACUACAGCCACGAGUCAGAAACAUUCAGCGAGGGUCAGCCUCAGAGAGGGAUGGACCGCUACCUGGACAGCCUGUUUGACCCUGUGCUGUCGGACAGCAGCACGGACAUGGAGAAGAGUGGAAGUUUGUCAGAAAGGAUGAAGGGAGGAGGAGGUAUAGGCAUCACAGGAGAAGGAAGGGAAGAGGCAGAGAGUCGUCCAGCUUCCAGCCGGCCUUAUCCACCAGGAAUACAUCCUGGAGCUGUGCCAGUGCUUCCAGUAGCAGGAGGAAUGAUGCCCCCAAUCCCUGCUAUGCCAAUCCCCUCCCACCACCACGCUGCUGCCCUCGCAGCUACCCCUGCUGUUGACACCGAUGUCGCUUCCAAUGUGUCUGUUGUCCCGGGUCUGCCUGCGGCGCCCUCACUCCCAGCCACGCCUGUGGUUCCAGGCUUGCCUGUGAUGACAGGUGUGCCAGCUGUACUGACUCAGCAGCAACAAGCCAUCAUCAACCAGCAAGCCAUCAUUCUGGCCCAGCAGAUGACGAUGCAGGCCAUAGCAAUCCAGCAGCAAAUGUUGUCUUCUUUCCCCCCAGCUGCUCCAGCCCCCCAGUCACCACCCUCAUACUAUCACGCGCACUCACAACAGCACUCACGCACAGCCAGUCCUACCAAAGAGAGUGAGGCGUCUCCGCACAAGCCGAGCGCUGCCGCUGUUCAACGGAAAACGAGUCCAUCACGUGGCCCCCCUUCCGAGGAUGUGGUCCGCUCCACUGUGAGUAACACUGAGCACUUGGACCCUAGCCAUGAUAUCAAAGACAUUAUCAAACAGCACCAGCCUGCAGGCACAACAUCUUCCUCUGGAUCUCCCACGCAAAGAAGUGAUGGAAAGUUGUUUGGAAAGAAGCCAGACCCUCAUGAUGAAGCGAUGGAGAUCCUUAAAGAUCAAAUGGCAAACCCACCACAACCGACUCACAGAAAGACUUCGUCCGCCCAAUCUAAAGAAGACAGGGGACACAAGACUAGCCAGAAAGCCAAGCCUCGCCCCCAAGGGCCAUCUAGCUCCAACAUAAGCCCCGCCCCUCAUCCAGUCUCCAGAGAGUUGCCAGUUGAGGAGGAGAUCAUUCAGACUCAGCUCCACAGCAGAACCAGUGAUGAAUAUUACACUUAUUCCAACGUCCCGUGGAAACUCUACAUGAGGAAAGAGGUUUUUUAUCCUAAAGAGAACUUGAACAAUCCACUGAUCCUGGAUCUGAUCUUUAGACAGAUUGUACAUGACACCUUUUCUGAGGCUUGCAUACGUAUCACGCAGGAGGAGAGACAGAAGAUGAAAGACCUGUUGGCGGAGAACAGGGUGGAUCAGGUUUCAGGAACAUACAAUGAGAACGUGAAGAAGAAGGUGGUCACCGUGGCUAGAGACGAAUGGGAGAUCUACUUCUCUCGCCUCUUUCCAGCCUCUGGCAGUGUCGGGACAGGUGUGCAGGUGUUGUCUGUGUCUCAUAAAGGUAUCAAGCUGCUGAAGAUGGUGAAGAGCAGCUCUUCUGCUUCAGACUACUUCAGAGUGCUGAGGCCUUACAGCUAUUCAGACAUCCUGUUUGUGUCUAUUCCAUCUAAGAACAUGCUUGAGUUCAACCUGACUAAUGAGAAGCUGAUCUUGUUCUCCGCCAAAGCCCCGCACGUCAAGCAUAUGAUCGACUACUUCCUCACAGAGCUUAAGAAGGACUCAGAGUAUGUGGUGGCAGUGAGGAACUACAUCACUGAGGACAGGACUCAGCUCAACUUCCACAAAGGCGACAUCAUCAGACUCCAGCACAUGGAUGGACUGGAGGCCGGUAAACGUUAUGGCUGCAUUGUGAGGAAGAAGGUCAUGCUUCUGGAGGAGCUAAAGAGAAACACCGCUGAGUUUGGCUGGCGGUUCGGCGCUGUGUAUGGAAAGUCUGGAGUGUUCCCCAGCGAGUUCAUCCGUCCUGUGGCUGCUCCGGACUUCUUGGUCCUGCCUCCUGAACGCGUGGAGCCCCGAGACCGGCAGGGACGAGUCGCUGCCUCUGCUGCUGUUGCCGUUGCGAUGGGCUCAGCUGUAGCUGCUCAUGAGCUCGACCUCUCUACCGAGGUAGUGAAUGAGAUCUAUGGAGACAGCCUGGGUGUUGAACUGGACGACCUGCCUCUGCACAGCGGCCAGUACCACAUGGUUGAGUUUGCCAAGAAGUACUUCAGAGAAGCACAGAGGAACAGGAGUGAUCAGAAAGUGAAAAAGGGGAAGGAGCCCAGGGAUCCUGCUGACAUGGUCAAAUUCUCCAAGUCUCCAAUCCAGGAGUCACUGAUCGACUUCUCAGACAGUGGGAUGAACCGAGUGGCUGCUGACAUCUUCUUAGCUAUAAUGAAGUUUAUGGGAGACUUCCCAAUGAAAGGCCAGACCGAGCAGGACCUGGUCACCACUAUAUUAAAGUUAAGUGGUGACCAUGGCCUGAUGAAGGAUGAAGCCUACUGUCAAGUGAUGAAACAAGUUACUGUCAACACCAGCUCCAAACCGGACAGCUGUCAGAGAGGAUGGCGGCUGAUGUAUAUUCUCACAUCUUUCCAUCGCUGCUCUGAUGUUAUGAAGCCGUUUCUGUUGACGUUUCUCCAGGAUGCAUGUGCCAGCCCUGGUUUGCAAUACCAAGGUAUUGCCAAGGCAUGCGAGCAGAAUCUGAGGAGGACUUUUCAGUAUGGCGGGCGUGUGCAGUAUCCCAACAACAUGGAACUCAAAGCAAUGAUGGCCGGGCGUAGCUCCAAGAGACAGCUGUUCCUGCUCCCAGGUGGCAUCGAAAGGCACUUAAAAAUCAAGACAUGCUCUGUUGCUUUGGAUGUAAUCGAGGAGCUUUGCUUUGAGAUGGGACUCCAAAGAAUGGAGGCACUGGAUGAACAUGCCGUCUUUCUGGUCACACACAAGGGUCAGAAUGUACGUCCCCUGAACAAGCGAGAGUACAUCCUGGACAUCGCUACAGAGGCCGAGCCUGUGGAUGCCAACUACAGUCUUUGGUUCAGAAGGGUUAUAUGGAGUCUAGCUCUCAAACUUGACAAUGAACUCUAUGUCACCAUGCACUAUAACCAGGUGUUGCCAGACUACCUGAAAGCCUUGCUGAGUGUGGUUCCUCAGGGUAAGCCCAGUGAACAGCAUCUGCAGCAGAUUACCAGGCUGGCUGCCCUACAGCAUCGUGCCAAAGACACCAUCUACCUCCCCACCCUCCGUGAGGUGCAGGAGUGUAUCCCUCCACAGUUCUACAGCAAACAAGGUUCACAGCAGUGGCUGAACAUGACAACACAACACAUGCAGCAGGUCCAGCCCUUAAACCCACACCAGGCCCGUGCGCAGUUCCUUGGUCUGGUCAGUGCCUUCCCCAUGUUUGGCUCCUCCUUCUUCUACAUCCAGAGUUCUGGCUCUUCCUCCGUCCACGCCCCAUGCAUCCUGGCUGUUAAUCUGAACGGGCUCCAUUUUCUUAACAAGGACACACAUGAGACUAUGGUGCGUUUUCCUCUGAAGGAGAUUCAAUCAACUCGCACUCAGAGGCCAACAUCUGGCUCCAGUUACCCAUAUGUGGAGAUCAUGAUAGGAGACUUGCUUAACCAGCGUGUCACACAGCUGCAGCUGGAGCAGGGCCUGGAGCUGUGCCGAGUCAUCGCCAUGCACGUGGAGAACAUGCUGUCAGUCAGAGAGAAGAGACUCACAUUGCCACCAAGUGAAAUCACCCUGCUAUAGCACAAACACGAGGAUGACAUAUACAUAGAAAUCACAGUUUAUGCCUUAAAAAUGUACUCUACCUCUAUUCGUAAGACAGGUUAUUUUUGUAUGUAAAGGCACUGUUAUGUAAGUUGAUAACUUGUUUAUUGUGAUGAUUUUGAAAAAGUGCUUUUCCAUUAUGGCCAUGAAAAUUUUGUUUUUUCUUAAUUGAUCAGCUGUUUUCUUAAUGAAUGAUUUGGCACAUAAAAUGUCAUUCAUGUCAGUCACAUUCUAGUUUUAGGAGAAACUUGAAUGAAUGCCUUAAUCUUUAAUGUUUAUAGUUUUACAUAAUCAUCCAGAAAUGUUUAAGAUCUUGUCCAAUAUAACUAUAAGGGUUAAUGUCUCCUUGUUUUCAUGCCCCCUCUUUAGAAGAAUAGCAUGAUUUGCUUUGUUCUUGGGACAACAUUAAUUUAGUGUAAUGGUGGCGCCACUUUAUUGCUGUAUAACAAACAAACCCUUAUAACCUCAUCUUGGUUUUGACAUUAAUGGAAACUUUUGGUUUGAUAGGAUAAAUAACUUUUUCUGACACAUCUCUUAUUCUCUGCUUUGCCAAGGGGCAAAGUCUUUUUGGCACAUAAGCUUUGAGGCCACAUCACUAAGAGUUUGCACUAACUUAAAUAUUUUAUUUUUACAAUUAAUUUUUUUUGCAAAUAGCAGUUUUACAUAACUAUUGCAUGUGAAUAAUAAAUUAAAGCUUUAG